AGCCAGACCGAGAAGGGGGUCCGCGAAUGAGGCGGCCGGCGGCUUCCGGCGUGGCGGCCGAGGCUCGCGGGCCGCGCCAAUCCCCGGAGAGCCUACUGUGCUCCGCGGGGCGCCCGCCGCCAGCCUCCCUGCCGCGCCGCCGCUCCCGAGGAGCCACAGAAGCCGCCUGCGUGCCAGGGGGCGCCCCUCGGUCCCCCUCGCCGUCCACCUAGGCCUGAGCCCUCCCGUGAGCAUCCCCGGCUCCACGCCCUCACGAGCUGCUCCUGCCGCUCCCGCCUCAGUUCAUCCCUUGCACCCCUUCACGGAUGUCUCCCCUACAGUCACCCCGCGCCCCUGUCCGCCCCUCCCCCUCCAACCCCCCUCUUCCAGCCUCCGCUACGACAGCGAGCCCGAAAGAGCCUGUCGAGGCCUUGACGCGAGCCCAGCUCGGGUCUCCAGCCGGCCCUCCCGGGCACAGGGGGCGCUGUCCGCCUCUUAAUGGCACAAACAUAGCCCCGCUCUCCAGUUCUGGAGAGGACGAGGGCGGGCCAAAGCUCUGCGGCCCGGGUGGGGCCCAUCCCCAGGGCUGGUGCUCGCGGGUCCUGGGGGCGGUCCUAAGGGAAAGGGGGCGCACGCCUAACUUCCAACCAGCCCGUCUCAGUACCAGGGCAGCGGGGAGCGUUCCCCGAGCUGGUGCACCGCCGGGUUGGACGGGUCCCGCUCGCAAUCAGAUGUCCUCGUCCCAACGGCCGGCCCGUCGAGGGCCCAGUCUCAGAGGGUUGUUUUUCUGAGGCUCCAAAAGAGCCAGUCUAGACAUAAUGGCGGAGCCGGUCCGCUUGGGCCGGAAGCGCCCGCUGCCGGUUUGCCCCAACCCUCUCUUCGUCCAGUGGCUGACCGAGUGGCGAGACGAGGCAGCCAGCAGAGGGCGUCACACGCGCUUCGUGUUUCAGAAGGCGCUGCGCUCCCUUCGUCGGUACCCGCUACCACUGCGCAGCGGGAAGGAAGCGAAGAUCCUCCAGCACUUCGGAGACAGGCUCUGCCGGAUGCUGGACGAGCGGCUGAAGCAGCACCUAGCAUCGGGCGGGGACCAUGACCCCCGCCCACCAUCUGCAAAGAAGAAUGAAGCCAGUGAAGGACCAUCUGCUCAAGUCCAGGACUCUUCCACGCCAGUUCCCGCCCAGCCUCAAGCAGGGAGCACUAGCUAUUGGCCAGCUCAGAACUCAGGUGCGCGUGAGAUCCUGCUGCAGCUCUACAAGGAGCACCUGAUAAGCAGUCAGAAUCCUGAUGGCCACGGCUUCCUAACGAAGGAGGAGCUGCUGCAGAAAUGUGCCCAGAAGGCCCCCAGGGUAGUUCCUGGAAGUUCAAGACCCUGGCCUGCCCUUCGAGGCCUCCUUCACAGGAACCUAGUUCUCAGAACACAUCGGCCAGCCAGCACCCUGGAAGGCAAAGACAGUUGGAUCUCUGUAUGUUCGAGGCCAGCUUGGUCUACAAAGUAUGCACUGACCCCAGAGGGCCUGGAGCUGGCCCAAAAGCUGGCCAGGUCAGAAGGCCCGAGCACUCUGAACACUGGUAUUAGGCCAGAGGAGCCCCGUGGAAAGGAGUCAGCAGUUCCAGAAGCUGCCUUGUCAGAACUUGGCGGCACCAGUGAGGAGGCCGUGCAGCAGCAACCACUGGAGCUGAGGCCGGGCGAGUACAAGGUGCUGUUGUGUGUGGAUAUUGGCGAAACCAGAGGGGCAGGACACAGGCCAGAAAUGCUCCGAGAGCUACAGCGGCUGCAUGUGCCCCACACCGUUCGCAAGCUGCAUGUGGGGGACUUUGUGUGGGUGGCCCAGGAGACCAGGCCUGGAGACUCAGCAAGACCUGGGGAGUUAGUCCUGGACCACAUUGUGGAACGCAAGCGGCUAGAUGACCUGUGCAGCAGCAUCAUCGAUGGCCGCUUUCGAGAGCAGAAGUUCCGCCUGAAGCGCUGUGGCCUGGGGCACCGGGUAUACUUGGUGGAGGAACAUGGAUCUGUCCACAACCUCAGCCUUCCUGAGAGUACAUUGUUGCAGGCUGUCACAAACACACAGGUCAUCGAUGGCUUCUUUGUGAAGCGUACCAUGGAUAUUAAGGAGUCAGCUGGCUAUCUGGCCCUUUUGACAAAGGGCCUGGAAAGACUGUACCAGGGCCGCACCCUGCGCAGCCGCCCCUGGGGAACCCUGGGGGCUGCUGAACCAGGAGCAGAGCCUUCCACCAAUCCUCUCUGCUCGCUCCUCACCUUCAGUGACUUCAAUGCAGAAGCUGUCAAGAAUAAGGCCCAGUCUGUGCGAGAAGUAUUUGCCCGGCAGCUGAUGCAGGUGCGUGGACUGAGUGGGGAGAAGGCAGCAGCCCUGGUGGAUCGGUACAGCACUCCCGCCAGCCUCCUGGCUGCCUACGAUGCCUGUGCCACCCCUAAGGAGCAGGAGAUGCUGCUGAGCACUAUCAAGUGUGGGCGUCUGCAGAGAAACCUGGGACCUGCUCUAAGCAGGACCCUGUAUCAGCUGUACUGCAGCCACAGCCCUCUGACCUGAGUGACACCGGGAGACACGGCCUCGCACCCACCUAUGCCUCCACCAAGGCUUGCUAGCCUUCUAACUGGGAUCCUUCGGCUAUAAUAAAAAUGUAAAUGUU